AAAUAAAAAGCAUUGGAGUUGCAGUUUGUAGGAAGUUCCAGCUCAUUUUUUCAUUUAAGAAGACUGCAUUUUGUUGGCUUCUAUGAGGACUCGACUUGAUCAAGUCUCCAAACUCUCAAUUAUUCACCAUCAUUUUAACUAUAUGUAAAUAUAUAGAGUCAUGGGCGAUUGGUAAUCUUCAGUAAGGAAUCCUACUUCUUACUUCAUCAACUUCUUUAAAACCAUGGCUGGUUGAGCAGCUGUCGCAGGUGGUGGUGCAGCUAGCUUAUCUCUUCCUCCUUUUUCCUCCAGGUUAAUAUCUGAUUUCACCCAUUAACAGCUCUAUUCACUAGGUUAUGAAAUUUAGAUUAUUCAAAAUAUGACAGGAACAUAACUUUGGAGAAAUGGUUACAAUAAGGCACAACACUAAAAAAACAUAAACAAGAGAAAAAUAUGCAAACCAGUUAAAAUUUACAUAAAAUGAACUUGAUGCUAAAAUUGAAGUGAUAUGAACAAAUAUGCAGCACUGCCCCCCUUAAUGGUGCGACUCUUGGUUUCCCCCUCCUUGGUGGGUGGAAUCUUGUCCCUCUCCUUUAUCCAAUUGUUGGGGUGUUGCGUUCAUUGUAGUAUUUUGGUCUUUUUAGGCCUUUCUCUUGUAUGGGGCUUGGGCCCAUCACUUUUGAUUAAAUUUCUUUUAAGCUUACUUUUCCAUACAUACACCGUAGACGCCUGUGAGCAGUGAGGCUGGCAACCACAUAGCCAGCGGUGUCUGCAGUAGCGAUUCCAUCCGGGGUCUCUCACCUUCUCAAUCCUGCUGUUUCUUCUGCAUCUCCCAACAACAAUGAGUUGGUAACAUGGUAAGAACCUCAUAAAUCUCCCCCAACAAUCCUAAACCCAUGUUUUUUCACAACUCCUACUUUACAACCCACUUUGGAAAUCUAUUUUUCUGUUCCAAAAUUUCAGUCUUUUCCCUCUUCGAUCACCAGAAAUCUCCUUUUAGAUAUACCCAAAUUAGCAACUAUGUGAAUGUGUACAUGAAAUGGAAGAAAGAUCCAUUCUUUGACUCCAUACUACACAUCCAUAAAUCUGCUGAGCUUAAACCGAUUAUUCAGCUCAAAAACUUCAUUGUGAAUUAUCCCAAUGGCUGUAUCCCAAUUUCUUCUGUUUCAAAAAGAGGCUUGGAAUUUGAUAUUUCCAUUAGGGUUGCUAGGUUCCUAAGGCAAUACCCUUCAGUUUUUGAGGAGUUUAGAGGUGAACACAAUUUGCCUUGGUUUAGGUUGACCCCUGAAGCUGCUGAGAUUGAUAGAGAGGAGAAAAGGGUAUUGGAGGAAUGCAAGGAGGAUUUGAAAGAUAGGUUGAAAAGGUUUGUUUUGAUGAGUAAAGAUAAAGUUUUGCCUUUGAAGAUAAUUAAAGGAAUGGCUUGGUAUUUGGGGUUGCCUGAAAGGUUUUUGGACGAUUCAAAAGGGGAUCUUCUUGAUGAGUCUUUUAGGUUUGUGGAUAUGGAAGAUGGGUUGAAAGGAUUGACUGUUGAGAGUAAUGGAGAAAAAGUAUUGUCUACAAUGCAAAGAAAUGCAAUUAAAAAUGGGGUUUAUUUUGGUGGUACAUUGGAAGGAAUUGAGUUUCCACUUUUUCCAUCAAAGGGUUUAAGGCUAAGGAGGAAGAUUGAAAGUUGGCUAAAUGAAUUUCAAAAACUUCCGUAUGUUUCACCUUAUGAGGAUUUUUGGCAUUUGGAUCCGGAUAGUGAUUUUGCCGAGAAGAGAGUUGUGGGGAUUCUUCAUGAGUUGUUGAGUUUAUUUGUUGAGCACUCAGCUGAAAGGAAGAAGCUUUUGUGUCUUAAGAAAUAUUUUGGAUUACCUCAGAAAGUCCAUAAAGCAUUCGAAAGGCAUCCUCAUAUGUUUUAUUUAUCUUUUAAGAACAAAACCUGUACUGCAAUUCUUAAGGAGGCAUAUUGUGGUAACUCUAGCAUAGAAAAACAUCCUAUGCUGGUUGUGAGGAAGAAAUAUAUAAGGUUGGUAAAGGAAUCCGAUCGGAUUUUGAAGAAUAGAAAGAUAAACAAUCGGUUUAUUAAGCAUGAAAAGUUGGAGAAGGGUUCAGAUAUAGAUGCAAAUUCUGAUGACAGAACAGAUAUUCAAGCACAAGAAGUAUCAAAGAGCUUUCGUUGAAGCUUAAUGCUUAUGCACUAGUUUGUCAGUGGGCAGGGGGGAUCUGUUUUAGACAUUGUCACUAACUAUAGCAGUCAAGAAUGGCUUGUGUUAGAUCUGUUGCCACAUUCGAGCAUUCCUUUCAUCGUGGAGAGGGUUAAAGUUGCUCACACAUUGCUACCAAAGUUUAAAUUUGAAAACCCUGUUGCACCGGCAUGUCUGUCUUCAAAAGUCAAUGAGAAGCAGCUUAAUAAGCUUGAAAGGUGCAUACAGAAGGCAAUAUACAAAUUUAUAGGUAAGUUGGAUUGGCGUUUCAAGCUAUUUCUAUUAUAUAAGCUGAUAAUAUAUAUGCCUGUAUGGUGGGUUGGACCUUUUUUCUGGCAAUAUCGUGUACUGGUGAUGAGGGUUGAACUGGGCCAACUGGCUAUAACAUUGAACUGCUACAUAAAAUCUGAAUCUACCUUGAUUGAAGCUUAGAUCAAA